AGCGGGGGACCUAUGGGGGACCCGUGUUGGGAUUUCACUAGUAUUUUCAAUUAAUUAGUUUACACAGCUUAUUAUUACUAAUUAGAUAGUGUUAGUGUCGUGUACUCCAACUUAAGGGUUCGGCCUUGUGUUUGUGUACAACAUCAAAUGUGUGGAUACCAUGGUUUUAACGGCUGAAGAAGUUAAACAACGCUAUCCUCUACAUUGGAUGGUGUGGAACGAUGAUCAUGAACAUUUGAAGAGGCAUUUAGAAGAAAAUACGGUUGAAACGGAAGCAUUAGAGCUCCGGGAUCCCCGAGGCCGGACCCCUCUGCUGUUGGCGGUGACACUAGGCUUGACCGACUGCGUUAAAGUGCUGAUUGACGCCGGCGCUGACGUCAACUGCGUGAAAGAUGGUUGGACGGUGGUCCAAGAGGCGACGGCGACGGGCGACCCCGGUAUCCUAGGUUUAGUGCUGUCCCGGCGGGACUAUUUGCGGCACGCGGUGCGGGCAGGGGGCAUCCCGGACCUGUUGAACCGACUAAGUCUGGCCCCGGAUUUCUAUGUGGAGAUGAAAUGGGAAUUUACCAGUUGGGUGCCUUUAGUAUCGCGGAUGUGUCCGUUCGACACGUACAAAGUGUACAAGCGGGGCGGCAACGUCCGCGUGGACACCACCCUCGUCGGCUUUGAGAACAACCACUGGCAGAGGGGCGACCGGACGUACAUAUUUAGGGGGCAAGGUGCGAACGCAACGCUAACGGAGAUGGACCAUGAGCUGGGCACGAUGUGGAGCGAGACGCUGGAGCCGGCCGCGGGCCGCGCCUGGCCGCCGCCCGCGCCCGCCGCGCUCGCCGCCCGGCUCCAGCAGCCCAUCGCGCUCAACUACCUCGACACAGACAAAAUUAGCUUUGAGAGAAAUAAAAGCGGCAUUUGGGGAUGGAGGCAAGACAAGACGGAAGUGGUAAACACGUACGAGUGCAAAGUGUUCAGCGCGAACAACGUGGAGCUAGUCUCCAAGACUAGGACCGAGCACCUGUCCAAGGCCGACAAGAACAAGCUGGCGCCCCGGGCGCCGCUGGCCGGGCUGCUGGCGCUCGCCGACCGCGACAGCGGCGCCACCACCCCCACCACUCCCGACUCGUUCCCAGAAGAAGACAUCGCAAGCAGGAUGCCGAACUCGCGGUCGCAGCAGGAGCUCGCUGUCUCGUGGCAAGAGUACUUCUCCGACGAGCCGCUAGAGAGAGACAUCGGCAAGCCGAAGGAGACCACCACUAAAGUGCAGAAGUUCCGAGCCACGCUAUGGUUGUGUGAACAUUAUCCGUUAGAGCUCCAAGAGCAGAUAAUGCCGAUCCUGGACCUGAUGGCGUCCAUGUCGUCGCCGCACUUCGCCAAGCUGAAGGACUUCAUACAGAUGCAGCUGCCCGCCGGCUUCCCCGUCAAAAUAGAAAUCCCCCUUUUCCACGUGCUAAACGCCCGUAUAACGUUCGGCAAUAUAUUCAGCACGGAAACGCCGGUGCCCCACGUAGAGUGCAUACAAGAGGGCGAUCGGCUGUCGUGUAUAGUGGACGACGCCUGUUUCAAUCUGGCCAAGGGAUACAGGGAUGCACUAGCGAGCGACGAACGGAUAGCAUGUAGUAUGGAGCACGAUGAGAGUUUACUGCAAUAUGCUAUUCAGCAGAGCCUCAUGGAUCCCGGCACCCACGAGGAUCAGGUGGACGUGUGGGAGGCGCUGCGCGGCGCGCGCCCCACCCGUAAGCUAGUACACAUCCACAGAGCUAUCGAAGCGUCCCUCGCGGCCAUCACGUUGUCCACACCGUCGCCCGCGUCCACACCGACCGACCCCGCGCUGCAGGAGGCCAUAGAGGAGUCCGCGAGGGAACUGGCCAAUAGAAGAGCGGAACUCGAGGCCGAACAGAGGGAGCUAGAUGAGGCGCUGCGCAGGUCGCUGCUGGACCACUGAGGAUCUCAAAUAUACGGCACACUAAAGCGUCCACCAAAAGAAGACUUAGCCUAUACAUACAUUGUUAAUAUUAUAGCUAAAUUGUAUAUUUAUUUAUGACAAACGGUGAUCAUGAUCAUACAACUAUUAGUGGCAGUACAUACAUUUAUACAAGCAUCUUUAUGCAUCUUAAAAUAAUGUAAACAAAAAAUUCAACAAAAUGUGGUACAGACACCAUAAAAGAGAUAUAGUGCUGACGAUCAAAGUGACCAAAUAUACCGAAACGCAGCCUUAUUUCUAUGGUAACAAAGGUGUGUUACGAUAUAUUAGGCCACUUUGGCCAUUACUUACUAUCUUUUAAUGCUGACUGUAAGUACCUCAUUGACCCAAGUCACGUGGUUUUUCUGUGUAGAUUUUAAAAUCCAUAUAGAAGACAUUAGAGGUGAUUUUAAAAUUUAAUUCACUAACAAUUUCUACCGAAAAUGAAUGCUUGUAUGAAGACGAAUUGCCACCAAUAAUACGUAUAUUGUGCCUCUUUCCACGCUCGAUAAUAUUGGUGAAUAUUUAUAUUUUAUUAAGUAUGUAAAAUUCGAGAGAAUUUACUAACAGAUACCUACAACUCAUACAUAUUUUACCAUAUUUAGCUGAUUAUAUUACAGUUAUUUUAAACGAGUUACUCACGUAUUAUGUCGAACAUCAACAUACAUUCGACAUGACAUGUUAUGCUCGACAUGUUUCGAUCCUUUUUGAGGAUCUUCAACUGGAGCCGGUGCUCCACCGGUCUCUACUGAUCGAGUGCGCCAAUCGAACCAUGUGGAGUGUUUAUUCGACUUAAUAAUACGUGAGUAACCCGUUUAAAACAAUUUUAACAUGGUCGAGUGUCACGGGAGUUUUGUAGUUAAAAUGUUGAUUAUUUUUCGAAUUCUACAAACUCGAUAUCAAAGUGCUGUAAAUUAAACAUACUAUGUAUACAGAAACGUAAAACGUAAUACAGCUAGCUGUAGACAUAUUUAUAUUUGUAAUAUUUAGCCAAAAGAAUUGAGCAUGAAUUUAUUGGAAAUGGUAUAAUGGUAUUCCACUAAAGUAAUAAAAUUAGAAACCGCCUUUAAAGUUUUUACUUUCAAUCAAAUAUCAAUUAAAAAUAUAUAGAUGUCUUACAUACAAUUUCACUUGUAUGGAAAAUGCGUGCUCAAUACUUUUGGUCUAUACAUAUUAGCAAUAUUAGAAUGUCACUCUUUAUUUAAUAAUGGGAGCAAUAACUUAUAGCGUUAUUUUAACUUCUUGACUUUAACAUGAACUAUCGGCGUACCUACUAGACUUAAAUGUAGAUAUAAUUUUAAUUUUUAUAAUGUCCCUCCCCAAGUCCCCACCAACUUGGCAAGCGACAGAGUGUGGUUUGCCACCAAAAAACGUAAAAUUCCUAUGAAAAUAUGACGCUUAUAGUGGCACUCCAAACUUAGUCAUUUCGAAGUCUAUGCGGAGUUAGUUUAGACUACAGAUGUGCAUUGUACAAGUGGCGGAAAGUUACCAAAUGGUUGGAAAUUUUCUCGGAAAUUUCAGGAAAAAAUCACAGGAAACAAACUUUCAUUUUAGAAAUGGAAAGUUUUGAUUUCUAUGCGAAAGUAUGAGAAGUUUCUAAAAUUUUUCCUAGUGGAAAUUUAGCAGUUUUAGAAACUUACCGACGUCACAUCAGUAGUUUAGACGGACUCCAGCGAUACAGAGAGGUAGGCUCUUAUUUUCUUUUUUAAUAUACAAGUAGUAGUAUUUAUUAGUAACUUUAUAUAAACAAGAUACCAUAUAAUACUAUAUAUACUAUACUAUAGAUACAAUUUUAGUAGUAAUACCAGGCGUGGCUCACUCCGCGAUUUCGUCGCGUCGCUACAAGUACAUGCGGCCACACCAAUUUUGGUGUCUAGCCAUAGUAGUUGCCGCGUACCGCUACGGAACGGACGCCUGCUGCGCUUGCGAUUGUAUCUGUGGUAAUAAAUGCGUUUUGUUAGAGAGUGAACCUUCUGUACCUAGUACUAUUAUUUAUUCUGUGGUAAUACUUACAUCCACUGUUAACGCUGAUCGUGAAAAAUCCGUGCUGAUAUGUAUAUGCGUUUUUUUUCAUGUAUGUAAUGUUAGGGCGAUAUCUGUGAAAAUCUUUAUAUAUCUGAAACUGCCUUCUUGUGUCAAACUUCACCUAGUGUAUCCUCUUGCGACCCAUCAUACA